AUGAAGGAACCAGAUGAUCCAGAUACAGAUGGGGGGAUAUCAGAUAGAUCAAAGAGUGAUGGGAAGCAGUCUUCAAAAUCUGAGUCAAGAUCACCUAUCCUUGAAUCCAACAAAACUUUAGAUGAUGGCACAGAUGAAACAAUUACUGAAGGGGAAGAAUCAUAUUUAGAGGACGAAGCCUCAGAUGUGGAACAAUUGGAAGGAAGUUCAAGUUCAUUUCAAGAAGAUGAUUUGGAAACAUCUCAUGAAACCUCUGCUCCAACUGCAGAAGAGGCAGAGGAGGAAGUUAAGAAGAAAAUAUCUGAGAGCUUCUUCUAUGAUUACACGGAACUUGCUUCAAUACCUUCUGUGACUCUGGAUUCGAGCAUACCACUGGAUAUUCUCAUGCUCAUACAUUCUUUCGGUUAUGACUGCGGAAAGCGGGCCAACCUACAACUUCUGGAUAGCAGUACUGUGAUGUACAUAGCUGGAAACCAACUGAUCCUUUUGGAUUUGAAAACUAAGGAACAGAUCUACCUCCGAAGUAGCAGUGGUGAAGGAAUUGGUGUCAUCGGGGUUCAUCCGUAUAAAACUCACUUCACUGUAGCUGAAAAAGGAAGCUUUCCAAAGAUUAUCAUUUAUGAAUAUCCUUCUCUGAGGCCCUACCGAAUCCUUCGAGAUGGGACUGAGAGGGCAUAUGCUUACGUGGACUUUAACUACAGAGGUAACUUGCUGGCUUCCGUCGGUAGCAACCCUGAUUACACACUGACCAUCUGGAAUUGGAAAGAAGAGCAACCCAUACUGAGGACAAAAGCUUUUUCUCAGGAAGUUUUUAAGGUUACUUUCAAUCCAGAAGAUGAAGAGCAGCUUACCACAUCGGGUACAGGCCACAUCAAGUUCUGGGAAAUGGCUUUUACAUUCACUGGUCUCAAGCUGCAGGGAUCACUAGGUCGAUUUGGCAAAACAGCCACUACUGAUAUAGAAGGCUACAUGGAGCUCCCAGAUGGGAAGGUGCUCUCAGGGUCAGAAUGGGGCAAUAUGCUGCUUUGGGAAGGCGGUCUCAUCAAAGUGGAGCUCUGUCGAGCUUCCAACAAGUCUUGUCACAAUGGUCCCAUUAACCAGAUAAUGCUGGAUGAGGGUGAAGUUAUCACUGUUGGGUCAGAUGGAUGUAUUAGGAUUUGGGAUUUUGAGACAAUAGACACUGCUGAUACUGUAGAUGAGACUGGAUUGUUAGAGAUCGAGCCUAUUAAUGAACUUCAAGUAGACAAGAAUGCCAAACUCUUCUCUAUGAUAAAAAUGAAUGAAAUUGGAAGUAACUUUUGGUUAGCUCAGGAUGCCAGUGGAGCCAUAUGGAAGCUUGACCUUAGUUUUUCAAAUAUUACCCAGGAUCCAGAACGCCUCUUCUCCUUCCAUUCUGGAGCUAUUGAAGCCUUGGCUGUUUCUCCUCUCACUUACCUGAUGGUCACGACUGCUUUGGACUGUUCUGUUAGAAUCUAUGAUUUUGCUAGCAAAACUCCUUUGGCUCAGGUGAAAUUCAAACAAGGAGGUACUGCCCUUGCUUGGGUACCCCGACUGGUAAGCUACAAUGGAGCACAAAUUAUUGUCGGAUUUGAAGAUGGUGUUGUUCGAGUUCUUGAACUUUAUGAUCCUAAAGGGCUCACAAUUUUUGUGGGACGGAAGAAAUUUUUGGAUGCGGAUCUUCGUUUGAAACAGGUUUUCAAACCCCAUACUGCUCCUGUCACUGCUUUAGCUUAUGAACGUGAUGGAGAAAUUUUGGCCACAGGGAGUGUAGAUCACACUGUCUUCUUUUUUGAAGUGGAAAAGAAUUAUAAGCCAAUUGGUUAUAUUAAUACUCCUGGACCUGUUUGUCAGUUAAUGUGGUCUACAAUGUCUCAUCCUGAAAGUACUUUACUGAUUAUCUGUGAGAAUGGCUAUGUCCUUGAAGCUCCAUUUCCAACCAUAAAGGAAGAGGAUGACCACAAUGUAGUGUCCUAUGAGAUCAAAGACAUGUGCAUAAAGUGUUUCCAUUUCUCAAGCAUCAAAUCUAAGAUUUUGAGAUCAAUAGAAAUUGAAAAGAGAGAGAAACUAAAGAAGUUGAAGGAGAAGGAAAGGGAAGAAAGGAGGAGGAAGCUAGCAGAAGAGAUGGGAGAAGACAGAGAAAAAGAGUUCCAGGAGGAGGAGGAGGAGAAGGAGGAGAAGCCACUUCCUGGAAUCUUUAUUCCACCGACCCCGUCACCCAUCCUCUGCGGAUUUUACUCUGGGCCAGAGAAGUUCUGGGUUUCUUUGGGUGGCUAUGAUUCUGGUUUUCUGUAUCACUGUGCAUUCCCCCCAUAUGACAAAAGCAGUGAUUUCAAAGAACAGAAAGAUGAACCUUUUGGUUACUGUUUUCUUGAGGAUACAGAGGAUAAUCCUAUCCAGACUAUCACUUUCAGCAUUAACCAAAUGAUGAUGUUUUGUGGAAUGAGAAAUGGAGCAAUUCGAGUCUAUGUCCUAGAUCAGAAUGAUCCUUCCUUGACCAGUUUGGUAGACUACUGGCACUUCAAUAUGCAUGACAAUAACUAUGGCUGUAUUAAAUGCAUCUCUACUAGCUUUGAUGACCGUUUCUUGGUGACUGCUGGGGCAGAUAGUAAUAUCUUUGUUUUCAGCAUUUUUUCUGAAUUUGCAUUAGAAAAAGGCAUAAAAGCCAAAGUGCCAUCUCCCAAGUUUGAAAUUGAAACAGAGCCAAUUCCAGAAGAUAUUGAAGAUCCCAAAGCCUACAGUAUUGAGAAUGCCAGGAGAAAAAGAGAAUAUGAUAAGUUAAUGAAAGAAGUGGAAGAAGUAAAGGCCAGGAAGAGAGAACAACUCAAAGUUUUGAGAAAUGAAUUUUGGAAACUAUUAGAAAUGAAUAAAGGAUUACCAACACAUAUGCAGUUUAAACAGACAGAUUUUGAAAUAGAUUCCAAAAUUCGUGCCGAGAUUGGCAGAAAAACAGUUUACAAAAUUCAACAAGUGGAAAAGGAAUUAGCCUGGGAAAGAGAGAAACAUGAACUUGGCCUAAUGAAACUACAGAAUAGAUUUCGUGAUUCAUUGGAAAGUGAUACUAUUGUGGUUCAUGCCAUACAAAGUGACCACAAGAUAUCGUCCUAUAGGCUUGUAAAGCUUUCAAAGUAUUCCAGUUUCAAACGCCAAAGUCAAUCAGACAGAAGAGCAAGCAAACUGGAGAGAUCUGAAAAAGAGGGAGCUGGAAGAAGCGAUAGCCAGAAAGAUAUAGGUGGAAGUAUUAGCAUACAAGAAGAAUCAAUAAUAGAAAAAGGGAAGAAAUUCAGACCUAAAACCCUAAGUGAAAUUAUGGUGAAAAAUCAAAUUGAGAAAACAAGGAAACUUAUAUUAAAGGCUGAAAGGGCCCAGUUGAAGAUUCAGCAGCGAAAAAAAGAAUGGGACGAACUAUACAAGAGUAAACCUGCUGAUGACUUUGAGGAUCCCAAAGAUCUUCAAGCCAUCAAAGAAGCUCAGGUGUAUAUGGGAGAUUUCAAUUUGAAGACAGCCCCAGACUACAAAAUACCUGAGCAUAUGAGAAUAAAUGCUGCCAAGAAGGAAGAGGAACUGGGAUACCUUGACUCUUUGGUCCAUGGAAAGAAAAAGCACAUGAACAAGUGCAUCCUCUCUCUCCGAGACCUUAAAGUGGCUGUUAUUGAGGAAAUACAGUGUCUGGUACAAGAACUGAAGAACAUUCAGUCGGCUCUUCCAAUAUCCAAGCACACUCCCCUUCCCCAAAUCCCUGAGAUACACCCAGAAGAAGUUCCAGAAAAGAGAUUUCAGUAUGAUGAGGAAACUCUCCUGGCCUUUAAACAGCAGCAGAUGAAAAGUAAGGAUAACAAGUCCUCCCAAGUGGAGCAAGCAGGGUCUGGAGGCACAGCUGGAGGAUUCCUCAAACUCUCUUCUGGAAAGGAUGGGGAUUUGACCACACGAGAUUCAUUAUCUAGAUCAUCAAAGGCAUCAGCAUACAGUCUAGAUAUUCCAAAGUUUAUGGAAUUUGAAAAAGCAAAGCCAACUGAGGUGGAGCUGGAGAUUAUGAAGAGGGACGAGAUUAAACACUUGUACAUGCAGCAAUAUUUGACCAACAGGAUUAAAGAACUGAUUGUCACUUUUGAUGCAGAACUCCGUCUCCUGAGACAUCAAAAACUGAAACUAGAUACUCAGAUGAAAUUAUCUGACCUGCACCAUAUCACGUUAUUUCAAGAAAUGCUUCUCCUCAAGAAUUUUGAAAAACAGGAAAACAUACUUCAAGAGCGUGUUAAUUCAUUAGACAAAGAGGAACAGGAUAUGCAAUGGAAAAUAAAUGAAACCCUUAAAGAGAUGGAAGAGAAAAAGAAUGAAAUCUCUAAGCUCCAGGACCAAGAAAAGGCACUCUAUGCUGGUUUCCAAGCAGCCAUUGGAGAAAACAAUAAAUUUUCUAACUUCCUCAUGAAGGUCCUAAAGAAGAAGAUAAAGCGGUCAAAGAAAAAGGAGGUCGAAGGAGAUGCUGAUGAGGAUGAGGAGAGUGAUGAAUCUAGUGAAGAAGAAUCCAGCUUGGAGAGUGAGGAGACUGAGUCUGGAUCAGAAGAAGAGGUUUUUGAUGAUUCUAUCUGCCCAACAAAUUGCAAUCCGGCUCUUUUUGAACUGGCUCUUCAACUUCGAGAGAAAAGGCUGGACAUUGAGGAGGCCUUGGUUGAAGAAAAGAAAAUUGUUGAUAACCUCAAAAAGGAAUAUGACACAUUGUCCAAAAAAGUAAAAGUUGUGGCAACUAAUCUGAAUACAGCAGAGGAGGCCCUGGAGGCUUAUCAGCGAGAGAAGCAGCAGCGGCUGAAUGAACUGCUGGUCGUGAUUCCACUCAAGCUCCAUCAGAUAGAGUGUGUGGUACUUGGAGAAAUACCUCGUGAUCUUUCCGGUACUUUGGUCUUCUCUAACCACUCCUUGGGACGACUGAAAGAACGAAUCCUACAGCUCCAGGAAGAAAAUUCCAAGCAGCAAAACCUUAACAAAGAAUACCGGGAGAGGCGUAAAAUGCUCAUCCGAGAAAAGAGAGAGAUGGCAAAGACGAUACACAAAAUGGAGGAAACAGUCAACCAACUGAUGAUCAGCAAGUUUGGUCGUGUGAUAGACCUAGAAGCCCUCCAGACGCUUUCUGUUAAUACAACUCUUGAAGAACUGAAGAUCAAAAAACUUCGAAAGGAGCUAUCGAAUGCAAAGGAAAUGAAGAUCUGGGAGAAAAAGAUUGCUCAAAUGCGAUGGGAGCUGAUGAUGAAGACAAAAGAGCACACCAAGAAGCUGCAUCAGAUGAAUGAUUUAUGUAUUGAAAAGAAGAAUCUUGAUUCUCAGCUGAAUACACUACAGAACCAGCAGGGCAAUGCCUUCCAGGGCCCUCGGAAAGCAGACAUUGUGGCAAGAGAGAAGGUCACUGAAUUGAUCCAAGUCCAGGCGGAAAGGAUUUUAGCCUUAAAGGAAGAGAUUGCUCUUUUGCGCAAGAAAGGUGGCCUUGUCCUCCCACCCAUUCAUCCCCCACAAGAGAAUGAAAUGAAGCCCAUGGACCCUUAA